AUGGCUGUGACUGACCAGGACAUAUUCUCCAACGUCUCCUGGAGCAGCGACCAACGUGCGACAAGCCUUGAAAGCGACAGAAAGAACAGGAGCGACAGCGACGGAGACAGGAUGGGCUCCGACUACCGACAGACGUUGCCGUCGUCGCCGUCGCAGCGAUCGCGCGGCUAUGUCGCCCUGGACGCAGACACGCUGGGACCCGAGGCCCUGCAGUGCACGGUGUCGUCGCCGCUGACGGAGAAUGAGGGCGGCAGCAACCCGUUCACGUCGUACCUGGUGACGACCAAUUCUACCUUUAGCUCGUUUCAGAAGCCGACGGUAUCGGUGCGGCGACGGUUUACCGACUUCCUCUUCCUGUACAACUCGCUCUGCAAGGACUACCCAGCGUGUGCAGUGCCGCCGAUCCCGGAGAAGCAGCGGAUGGUGCGGGUGACGGGCGACCGCUUUGGGCCCGACUUUACGCGCCGCCGGGCAUACUCGCUGCAGCGAUUUUUGACGCGGCUGUCGUUGCACCCAGUGCUGCGACGGUCGGUGCUGCUGCACAGCUUCCUGGAGUCGGGCGAGUGGAAUGCGACGAUGCGCAGCCAUACGGUGCGCGGCUCUGGCGACGGCUACGGCGGGAGCAUCGGGCUGGGCGGCGGCAGUGGUGGAGGGGGUGGCGGCAUCUACGGCAGCGGAGGUGUGGGCGCGAGUGGUGGUGCAGGAGGAGGUGGUGGUGGUGGAGGAGGAGGAGGAGGAGGAGGCGGCAGCAGCAUGUUUGACGCGUUCGCGGACAGCUUCAUCAACGUGUUCACAAAAGUGCACCGGCUGGACCGGCGGUUUGUGGACGUGCGCGAAAAGAGCGACCGGCUGGACGAGGACCUGGGCCAGGUGGAGAAGGUGAUGGCACGGGUGGUGCGGCGUGAUGCGGACAUCGAGGCCGAUCUCAAGGACCUGGCGGAACAGUUCCAGAAGCUGAUCACGCCGGAGCCGGGCGUCGAGGGUGCGGUGCGGGCCUUUGCAGCAUCGGUCGAGGACACGGCGACGGGGCUGCGUGGCCUGCGCGAGAUCACGGACCAGGACUACCUCAGCAGCCUGCGCGACAUGGUGGCCUACAGCGGCUCGCUCAAGAACCUGCUGAAGGCGCGCGAGCAGAAGCAGCUGGAUUACGAGCAGCUGACCGAGUACCUGAACAAGAGCACGGCCGACCGGGACCACCUGGCGAUGACGUCGGGUUACUACUACGGAGGGAGUGGCGGUGGAGGUGGUGGUGGUGGUGUGGGUGGCCUGGGGGGCAACAGCACAGGCGGCGGUGCAGUGUCUGUGGCUGGCGGUGAUGCGGGCGACGGAGGCGGCGAGACGGCCAGCGGAGGCGUCUCGGGCGGGCUCGGGGCCGUCAGCAGCGUCGGGGCAGCAGCAUCGUCGUACGUGGCCAGCACGGGCGGUGGAGCACUGGCGGGGGCCAGCGGGUUUCUGCGCAGCAAGCUGGAGGAUGUCCGAGGGGUGGACCACGAGCAGAGCCGGCGAGAACGGCAGCGCAAGCUGGAGAUGCGGGUGGAGGAGCUGACGGCCGAGGUGGAGCGGGCGCGCAAGACGAGCGAGCUCUUUGACGAGGAGGUCGUUAAGGAGGUGGCCGACUUUGAGCGGAUCAAGCGGGUCGAGUUUAAGCGGCAGCUGGGCGGCUUGGCGGACGCGCAUAUUGCAUACUAUGACGCGGUGCAUCGGGUGUGGGGGGAGUAUCUGCGAGAGAUGGAGAAAGAGGGUGUAUUGGCGGUGUGA